UAGUUCCGUACACGGCAGCAGUGGGACAGAAACACAACACAGUCACCGGUGAGUGUGUGUGUGUGUGUGGGAGUAAAUGUGUGUGUUUUAAUGUUUCACGCACCUCCAGCGCUGCGCUGCGGUUCAGAGUGGACCACGGCCGCCGGGGCUUGGUCCAACAUGGCCCCGUGCAGUGACCUGAAAAGCUUCCUGGAGUCUUCUCUCAAUGAGAUCUUCAGAGCCACAGUCGGCGACAUCCUGGACUCCGUGGACCGGACGCUGUCCGAGUAUCAGGUCACCAUCCAGAGGAUCGAGUCCGAAAACGAGGACCUGAGGCGGGCGCUGCUGGAACACAGGAGCAGGGAGCCUGCGGUGAGAGAUACACCUGAUCAUGACGCCACGGAAAACGCCUCAGAAUGGAUCGGUCAGCCAAUCAGCUCCACCCAGGGCACGUUCAAGAUGUCCAUAUGCAGCAGCGACAAGAAGAGCAGGAGGAAGCAAAGAGACCGGACGAGAGACAGCGCAGGCCCCUCCGCCUCCUCCUCGUCCUCCUUUCUGCUGCAGAUGAAUCACACAGUAGAACCGACACACGUCAGUUUAUCGGAGGAAACUUUGAUGUCUGUCAAACCGGAGCCUGAUCCAGAAGAAAACAACGCUCUGGACUUCUCCCAGCCGUCGUCUCUUCUCAACUUGUCGAUGAGGCCGAUCAAAGACGAGAGCAGAGAGGGGGCGUGUCAGGGUCAGGAUCUGUACGAGCCUCUGCUGCCGACGUCGAAGUCUGAAGAAGAUUCCAGAAUCGGUGAGAGCGAGGAUGUUUCUGACGGUUAUCUGCAAGUGGAACACUUCAUUAAAAUAGAGGAGAAGGAGGUGGAGGAGUCCAGUGAGGAGCACAACGGGGUUUUGCAGUACACUAACGAUGACACGUUUUCCAAGGAGGAGAACGAUUUGAGCUAUUUUCCCGAAUUGACCAUGUGCGACGAGGAAGAACACACAGAGGCUGUGGAGCCGGAAGUUGAAAAACAUGAGGAAAAAAAUUCCGCCGAUGUUUCCACUAAGAAGUCAAAGAAAAGCAACGACAACAUGCUGCGCUGUCUCUCCUGCCCUAAGACCUUCAGACAGUUAGCCACCAUGAAAAUCCACAUGAAGACUCACAGCGCAGAGAAGGCCCACACCUGCAGCUACUGCGGGAAACGCUUCGGCCGGGCCGACCUCCUCAAGUCCCACAAGCGCACCCACACGGGCGAACGACCCUACUCCUGCAACGUCUGCAGCAAAACCUACGCCCAUCCCAGCCAGCUGCGGGUUCACAAACGCGUUCACACUGGAGAAAAACCCUACUGCUGCUCAUACUGCGACAAACGCUUCAACGAACACAACCAGCUCAGAGUGCACCUGCGCACCCACACCGGGGAGAGGCCUUACAAAUGUCAGCAGUGCGGAAAGUCCUUCAGCAAUGCCGGAAACCUGCGGAUACACGAGAGGAUCCACACCGGAGAGAAGCCGUACUGCUGCGCCCAGUGCGGGAAAAGGUUCAACGGCGUGGGCGACCUCAAAACACACUACAGGAUUCACACGGGGGAGAGACCGUACAGCUGUAAGUUGUGCAAGAAGACGUUCAGCCAGACGGGCCACCUCACCAUACACAUGCGCAUGCACACGGGCGAGAGGCCCUACAGCUGCGAGGAGUGUGGCAAGAAGUUCACGGUGGCCAGCAGCCUGAAGCUGCACCAGAGGACUCACACGGGAGAGAGGGAGUACAGCUGCACCUACUGCAGCAAGAGCUUCAGCAGGUCUGGACACCUGAAGAGACACGAGCAGGUCCACACCAAGGACAGGUUCAUCUCCUGCAGCCUCUGCGAGAAGACGUACACCGACAGCUCUUCACUCAGGAAACACAUGAUAAAGGUGCACGGGGGCAAGGAGCUGAAGGGUCGGAGCGGAGGAGGCGCCGGCGAGAGCGCAGUUCAACCUUCCGCCUCUAAGAUGCUUUAGCGGUUGAGGCAGUGAAACUGGACCUGGUAGUUGACCAACCUGUUUUUCCAAACAGCCACGAACUGCAUGUAAGAAAUGCUCAAAGAUUCCCGUUGGCCUUUUUUCUACCCUUCAGAAGUGACUGGAGUUUGAAAUCAAGGCUAUUUA